CGUAGCACAAUUCGUAAUCAUACGAAUACAAUACAAUUCGAUACUACACAAGAAAACGUCUGAGAUAUAUAUUUAAUUUCAUGUAAGAUAAAAUCAACGGUUUGAUUAUGAGGUAUUUUGACUGCGUCUUAAGCGUCUUGGAAUGGAUCAUGGAACGAAGGAACUGGGAAGGAAACAGCAUAAAGUCACGUCCAAAGACAUCUCGGUGCGAUAUCGAAUGAUAUCUGGUUAAAAAUAUCGAGUUGUGGUAAUUCAUCGUAGUCGGACUCAAGCUUCAAGGCUUACAUGAAUCGCUUGGAUAUGACACAGGGCCGAGCGAAGAGCGCAUUUUCUUCGGCUGGGAUUCUGAUUUCUGUUGUCUCUGUCCUGUUUUACUGCGCUGGGUUUGUGAGAGUUGAAAUCAAGCUUAAUGAACAGGAAAAGAGAAUGAGUGAGGUGGAGAAACUGUUGAAGGUCAAACUUCCUUCUUCAAGCGAAGUAAAAUCGAGUCAACGAGACCUUACAAUGGAGUUAACAGAUAAAACAACGAGGAAUUACCCAGACAUCGCAAACGACAUUAGAAGCAAGCGACAAGUUGGAAACGAUUUGAAUACAACUGAUAACAAAGAGAGAGACGAAUUUGUGGUGAAACUUGACAGUUUGCUGUCAGACAGAAUGAUGAAACUCUGUCAAGCAAGACACUCGUGCUCACAAGGUCCCCCAGGUCCUCCAGGUCAACCUGGACUGCGCGGAACAAAAGGAUCCCAGGGAAGAAGGGGCCCUAGGGGAAGAAGAGGUAUGAAGGGCGACCAUGGAAUCAUGGGAUCGCCUGGAAAAAGUGGAAAGCAAGGCACUAUGGGCCCUCGGGGGAACAAAGGAGAACCAGGGAAGAAGGGACAGAGUGGACACCCGGGAAUGAACGGCAGACCCGGAAUAAAAGGAGACCCAGGAGAAUCUAUCUCAUCUCCUGUGGUUGUAAUCUCGCCCUCUACACUGACGAUAAACGAAAAAGAGGUAGCUUCGUUCCAGUGUUCAGCGAAUGGUAAUCCUCAGCCAGUUGUUGAGUGGAGCAGAAAGGAUUCAGUCAUGGAUUCAAAGACAAAAAUGUCUGCUGGAAAGAUUAUGUGGAAGAAAGUGGCGGGGAGUGACUCCGGCAUCUACAGGUGUACGGCGAGAAACAUUUUAGGAAAAGCAGAAAGAUCUGUGAGACUCACAGUGAACGUCAAGCCUCUUGUAUCUUUACAUCUGGGACCUACUUACGUCAGGGUAGGGAGUAAUGCCUCAUUACCGACAUGCUAUGCGACUGGGUACCCCCGUCCAACAAUGACUUGGAGUAGGCCACUUGGAAAGCUACCAAACUCGAGUGUACAAAGUUACCAUGGCAAUAGCAGUAUACUCAAAGUAUUCAACAUCCAAAUAGAAGAUUCUGGUAAAUACAUCUGCACCGCCUCCAACCUUAUGGGUACUACCGCCGUGCAAACAUUUUUAGUUGUAGUUAAACUUCCUGAGUUCACCAUUAGGCCUCCUGGAAAGGUUUCGUUGGCUGCAGGUGCUUCUCUCAUGUUAAACUGCAGUGCAACUGGUGAUCCACGACCAGUCAUUUCAUGGAAGAGACUUGGAGCACAGCUUCCUGUCGGAUGGAAUCAGUUGUCAAAUGGAUCACUUACAGCGAAAAACGUGAGACCUGAAGACGCUGGUAUUUACAUGUGCAUAGCCACCAGUGGAGGGGUGUUUGAGAAAUCCUCAAUAAGCAACAUCCGCUUAUCCUCAGAUUGCACGACCUUAUUGAAAAAUGGCUACAACCAAAGUGGAGUGUACUCAAUCGACCCAGACGGGAGAGGACAGUUCAAAGCGUACUGUGACAUGCGUACUGAUGGCGGAGGCUGGACUGUGUUUCAAAGAAGGCGAGAUGGCUCUGGAAACUUCUCACGGGGAUGGGACGACUACAAGGCAGGGUUUGGUCAGCUGACUGGNGAGUUUUGGCUCGGAAAUGACAAGAUCCACCGACUGACAGCCUCUAGAACCUGCUCCCUGCGAGUUGAUAUGGAGGACUGGAACAGUGCCAAAGCAUAUGCCAAAUAUGGCCGGUUUAGCGUUGGGGACGAGCAGUCUCAAUAUAGAUUUGAAGUAGGAUCGUUUUCAGGAACAGCAGGUGACUCGCUGGCAUAUCAUAAUAUGGGGAAAUUCAGUACGAAAGACAGAAACAAUGACGCAUCCGGUUCUAACUAUUGUACGAGGACUUAUACUGGUGGGUGGUGGUUUAAAUAUUGUCAUCAUGCUAAUCCUAAUGGCUUGUAUCUUGGGAAAAGUGGGAAUUCCUGGAAAGGGGUUAUGUGGAAGCAUUUUAAAUACACAAAAUCUCUUAAAUUCAUUGACAUGAAACUGAAACCGGUAUCCUAGAUUGGAAACUCAUUAUUUUACUUACACAUGAAAAACCUCUUAGUUAAUAUUGAAAUUACCUAGACACAGCUCGAAAUUGAAGAGGAGAGGUUUUCCCUAAGUGUAAUAAACACUGCAUGAAUAACAAUGGCGGUUCAUUGCUAUUGCAUAGCCAAAUCUCUUUUCCAUGGUAACGGCUACCAAUUUCCUUUCCAAUGUCAGGCAGCUAUUUCCUCGAGAAUAAAAAGAAGAAACCUCUUCAGAGGGGACAUGUAGGAGCAUUUCUAAUGAAUGGAACUUUUCGGUAGAUUCUGCUACUUAACAACUUGAAGUUACGUUCCAUUUCAGUUUUUCCAAAUUAGCCAUUGAUUCGAAAUAGCAAAUCUUAAAAAAACGACUCGUGUUAGAAAAAGAAAUUCAUUUCACGACUUUCAAAGUAGCAAGAAUGCGAUAUAACUACAACAACACAAAUAAGUGUAAACAAUUCACUCCGACGGAGGGCUAACGCUCGAAACGUCAGGUUAGAAGAAACUCUUUACGAUGGCCAAUCUACAUUAUGAACUCAGUUGAUAAAACCAAGUUAUCUUGUUGUACCCCUCACCGUCGUAGCACCAUAAUUUCUUUAGAAACUUACCCCAGAUUGCACUAAGUCAUCAGUGUAUCAGCAUUAAAGUAUUAUUUACAACUUUAUUAAUUCUUUUGGUAUACAUAGUGCGAAACAAAGAUACCCAGGAUCACAAGUCAGUUUUUUCAAGCCUAAGAGCAUGACUAGAAACAAGAAUAAAGAGGCAUUGUUACUAAACAUUGUCGGAGCUGUCAACGACUGUUAAGUUAAGACAAGGCUGAAGCAGAU